UGUAACGAUGGUAGGCGCCUGUGUUGUUGAUGGGGACCUGCUCUCCCUGCUCCUGCCUCCUCUGCUGCUGACAGAGUUUGUUCUGGGUGUCCUCGGGAAUGGUUUGGCUCUCUGGAUCUUCUGCUUCCACCUGAAGCCGUGGAAGAGCAGCACGGUCUUCCUCUUCAACCUGGCUCUGGCUGAUUUCCUGCUCAACUUGGCUCUGCCUUUCCGCGCCAGCUACUAUUUCUCUGGCAUCAACUGGGGCUUUGGUGAUGCUUUUUGCAACAUCUCACUCUUCACUCUGGCUAUGAAUCGUGGGGGGAGCGUUUUCUUCUUGAUGGCCAUCGCUGUGGACAGGUACAUGCGUGUGGUGCACCCCCACCAUCCCAUCAACUCCAUGAGCCCUUUACAAGCGGUGUGCUGUGCUGCUGGACUCUGGGUGCUGACUAUCUCUUUGAACGUGCACCUGCUGACCAAAUCCCACCACUUCAAAGCUGGCAACUCCAUCAAAUGUGAAAGUUUCACCCACAAGGACAGGCUGCACAGCACUGUUUUUUUCCUGGAGUUCCUCCUGUCUCUUGGGAUAAUACUUUUCUGUACCAAGCAAAUUUCAAACCAGCUGCAGGUCAGAGGGCUGGUCAAGGAGGUCAGGAUCUGCAGAGUUCAGAAGUGUCUCCGUUUGGUUACAGUUAUUUUCAUAAUCUGCUUCCUCCCUAGCAAUUUCACAUGGGUGCUUAUAUGGCUGAGGAACAAAGGGGAAGUUUCAAUCACCAGUGAAAGGGACUGCAAUAUCCAAAAGGCCUUGGACACCACCUUCUACAUCACCAUCAGCCUGACCUACCUCAACAGCAUGCUGGAUCCUGUAGUCUACUGCUUCUUCAGCCCUUCAUUCAAAAAGAUCUGCAAGAAGGUGCUGAAGCUUGACUUCACAUUCAUGAAACAAGGUGGUCAGCAGAUAUACCGCUCCUCAGUGUCCCACUCAGGAGGCAGCUCCAGACACAGGCAGUGA